AUGACUCAGGCCCCGAAGAAAGAGCAAGAUAUCAUGGAAGUGGCUCCGGCACAAGAGGGGGAUGGCAAGGACAACAAGGAGAUUCAGAAAUCGAGUAAACUAAUUCCCUAUCUGACAACAGUUCCAAGGUCUGUGGCAACGUUUAAAAGGCUCAUAGCAGAGAAAAGGCUUGCUUCUUCAAGACCCCUAAAGAUAUCAGAUCCAAAAUACAUUGCUUCCCUGGAGGGGCCAUUCGGCUUGGGCCCUCUAGUUUUCCCUGCUUUUCAACGUUUCAACAAUAUUGACUUCUUCCUGUUUUUGUACUGUCUGACGGUUAUGGUACACGGUGCUUUAAUUUCCCUGAGUGAUAUGAGUUUCAAACAAAUGGUGAAAGAAUUUUCUCUGACAGAGAAAGAGAUAACCAUAAUGGAUUUCACUGAUUAUUAUGCAUCUUUCUUGGUAGCAAUAGUGGCAGCGUACUACGGAGGCAAAGGGAACAGGUCAAAAUGGCUGGCAGCAUCUGCCUUUAUAUUAGGAAUUUCAUCAAUUGUAUUUGCUGUUCUUUUCUACAAGUAUGAAAUUAUAAAACCACUGGAAGAAAGUGAAGAGCUGUGUACAGAAAAAUUAGUUAAAACAGAUUGUGGUGGAAUGAUACCACACCGAUCGAUAUGUAUUUAUCUCUUCAUCAUCGCCCAGUGUCUCCAUGGAAUAGUGGCAAUGCCUAUAAAUAUCCUUGGAUUGACCUUCAUUUUCGAUCAUGUUCCCACAUUCUCAGCUGGUCUCUAUCUAGCUAUCGCUGAUGGUGCACUUACACUGGGAUACAUUGUGGGUUUUGCAAUAGCAGCUCAAGGUCCUAAACGUCUUCAGAAUCAAACUUUGAAUGGAAACACAAAUGAGUACAACUUUCGACAAUGGCAGAAAAUUUGGUGGAGUAGUUAUUUUGCAUUUGCUGUGUUUUCAUGGUUUACACUUUUACCACUUCUGUGCUUUCCACCUAGGUUACCUGGUGCAAACAAGCUAGUGCUUGAGAAAGAAAAGGAACAUCCCUCCUUUGUCAAGAGACUUAAAGAUAAGGAAUUUGGAUCUGGUUUCAAGGAUUUACUUCAGGCUACUAAGUGUCUGGUCUGCAACCCGCUGCUGUUGUGCUGCUCUCUGUACAAAACCAUGGAGUCCGUGAAUUUUAAGGAAACUAGUCAAUUUGUGCAACUAUAUUUAGAAAAUCAGUUUUUGUUAACGCCCUCAGCUGCCACUAAGCUCACAGGAAUGAUGGUAUUUCCAGGAGUUGUAAUCAGCCAUUUUCUGGGAGGUAUAAUUGUUGACAGAUUGGAAAUGUCUUGUAAGAACAAAUUAAGAUUUACAGCGGUGACAUCUUUUGUAGGAUUUAUGCUUUAUCUAUUAAUCUUCUCUGUAAAUUGUCAAACAGUGAAAUUUGCAGGAAUCAAUACAGAUUAUGAUGGGACAGGUAUCCUUGGAAACUUCACAGCUCCAUGCAACGAGAAAUGUGAUUGCACAAGCACACUCUAUGCUUCUGUUUGUGGAAGAGAUGAUAUAGAGUAUUUCUCUGCGUGCUAUGCAGGCUGCCGUAAUGGUAAAUAUUUACACAAUGAAAAGACUUUUUACAAUUGCUCUUGCAUUAAAGAAGGAUUGACAACUUCGGAUUCUGAGGGUCACUUUAUUGAUGCCUCUUCUGGAAAAUGUAAUACCAAUUGUCACACACUACCUUUGUUUUUUGCUUUUUACUUUUCUUCAAUUAUUUUUUCUAAUUUGCCUAGUAUACCUAUCACCAUGUGUAUUCUUCAAGUUGUACCUACUCAUUUAAAUUCUCUGGGCAUGGGAGUGACCUUUACAAUAUGGAGAUUCAUUGCGUCCGUCCCUAUACCACUGAUUUUUAAAAAAACAUCAACUGAAGCUUGCAUUUACUGGAGCAUUAAUGAAUGUGGAUUCAGAGGACGUUGUUGGAUCUACGAUAAAUCAAAACUGACUUACAUGAUGAUGGGAUUAUGUUCUUGA